UCACUUCCUCUCAAGGAGGGAGCGAGAAUAAGGUGACGCCCUAGCCGACCCGCUGACCGCUCCGCGUCACAGGAACUUCAGCACCCACGGGGCGGACAGCGCUUUCCUCCACCUGAAGACCUGAGUCCCGAGCGCCCAGAGUCUUUCUCAUCCCUUUACUCCGGAGCCGCAGAGAGCUCCACCAGCUCCGAGCCCCCGCCACUCGCCCUCCCUGCGCCCGCCCUCCUAGCUCUUCCUGUUUUUACUCCUCCUUUUCAUUCAUAACAAAAGCUAUAGCUCCGGGAGCCCGGCGCCAGGCUGUUUCUGAAGCCAAGCGUGGAAGAAUGGGGUUCCUUUGGACCGGCACUUGGAUUGUGGUGUUGGUGCUCCACAGCAGCCCAAUUCAAGCUUUCCCCAAACCGGCAGGCAGCCAAGAGAAACCCCUACAUAAUAGAGAAUUAAGUGCAGAAAGACCUUUGAAUGAGCAGAUUGCUGAAGCAGAAGCAGACAAGAUUAAAAAAACAUACCCUUCAGAAAACAAGCCAGGUGAGAGCAAUUAUUCCUUUGUUGAUAACUUGAACCUGCUAAAGGCUAUAACAGAAAAGGAAAAGAAUGACAAGGAAAGACAGUCCGUAAAAAGUUCUCCAAAUGAUAAUAAAUUGAACCUGGAAGAUGUUGAUUCAACCAAGAAUCGAAGACUGAUUGAUGAUUAUGAUUCUACUAAGAGUGGACUGGAUCAUAAAUUUCAAGAUGAUCCAGAUGGCCUUCAUCAACUAGAUGGAACUUCUUUAACUGCUGAAGACAUUGUCCAGAAAAUUGCUACCAGGAUUUAUGAGGAAAAUGACAGAGGAGUAUUUGACAAGAUCGUUUCUAAACUGCUGAAUCUUGGCCUAAUCACAGAAAGCCAGGCACACACACUGGAAGAUGAAGUUGCAGAGGUUUUACAAAAACUGAUCUCUAAGGAAGCCAACAGUUAUGAAGAGGAACUCAAUAAGCCAAUGAACAGGACUGAGAGUCAGGCUGGAAAAAUACCAGAGAAAGUGACUCCAAUGGCAGCAAUUCAGGAUGGUUUUACUAAUGGAGAAAAUGAUGAAACAGUGUCUAACACCUUAACCUUGACAAAUGGCUUGGAAAGGAGAACUAAAACCUACAGUGAAGACAACUUUGAGGAACUCCAGUAUUUCCCAAACUUCUAUGCACUACUGAAAAGUAUUGAUUCAGAAAAAGAGGCAAAAGAGAAAGAAACCUUGAUUACUAUCAUGAAAACGUUGAUUGACUUUGUGAAGAUGAUGGUAAAAUAUGGCACCAUAUCUCCAGAAGAAGGUGUUUCCUACCUUGAAAACUUGGAUGAAACAAUUGCUCUUCAGACCAAGAACAAACUAGAAAAAAAUGUUACUGACAAUAAGAGCAAGCUUUUCCCAGUGCCAUCAGAGAAGAGUCAUGAAGAAACAGACAGUACCAAGGAAGAAGCUGCUAAGAUGGAAAAGGAAUACGGAACCUUGAAGGAUUCCACAAAAGAUGAGGACUCCAACCCAAGAGGAAAGACAGAUGAGCCAAAAGGGAAAACAGAAGCCUAUUUGGAAGCCAUUAGAAAAAAUAUUGAAUGGUUGAAGAAACACAACAAAAAAGAAAAUAAAGAAGAUUAUGACCUUUCAAAGAUGAAGGACUUCAUCAACCAACAAGCUGAUGCUUAUGUGGAGAAAGGCAUCCUUGAUAAAGAAGAAGCCGACGCCAUUAAGCGUAUUUACAGCACCCUGUAAAAAUGGCAAAUGACCCAAGAGUCUUUUAACUGUUUCAGGAAACAUAGUGUAGCUUAAAACACUUCUAAUUCUGUGAUUAAAGUUAUUUUGACCCAAGGAUUAUUAGAAAGUGCUGAAUUUACAGUAGUUAAUCUGUUAGAAGUGGUUAAAACAUAGCUUUCUUGCCAUAAAACUAUCCAAAAAGUAAAGUUGUAUGUAAGCUGAGAUUUUGUAUAUAGAAUCCUUAUUUCCUUAUAGAUAUACAUUUUAUAAGCAGAUCUAUGUUGCUUUGGAAAAGCCUGUAAUGGACUGAACUUAAAACUGAACGCUCAUCCCACUGUGUCACACAUAUAAGCACCCCCUGAAGAAUUAGGGGGUUCUGUUUUCAAGGCAUGCCGGGUACCAAAGCACCUCGUAGGAUAUCUCUGUUAUAAGAUGUCAUUUCCAUGCCUCUUUCCUUUUGGGAGUUUAAAUAAAUUCACAUUUCCUCAUA